AAGAGCAAACACAAAUGGCGAUGUUGGUAGCGAGUGUUCUUCAUCUCUCUCCAUUGGUGUUAGCCACCACGACUACUAAACCAUUUCUUCAAAACGAGAGAAAGCAUACCAAAGCCACAACGACCAAUAACGUCUCAUCGUCGUCUCCGAUUAAGUCGUUGAAGAAUUGCAAAACCAUUGAUGAACUUAAGAUGUUUCAUCGUUCGCUCACGAAGCGAGGCUUUGAUAAUGAUGUCUCCGCUAUAACUAAGCUUGUAGCACGAAGCUGUGAAUUGGGUACUCGUGAAAGCUUAAGCUUUGCUAAAGAAGUGUUUGAUUACUCAGAGGAGGAGAAUGGUGAAUCGUAUGGAUCUUGUUUCAUGUACAAUUCUCUGAUUCGUGGAUACGCAUCUGCUGGGUUAUGCAACGAAGCUAUUUUGCUCUUUCUCCGAAUGAUGAACUCUGGGAUUUCUCCUGAUAAGUACACGUUUCCUUUUGGAUUGAGUGCGUGUGCGAAGAGCAGAGCUAAUGGUAAUGGGAUACAGAUUCAUGGGUUGAUCGUUAAGAUGGGUUACGCUAAAUAUUUGUUUGUGGAGAACUCGCUGGUUCAUUUCUACGCAGAGUGUGGAGAGCUUGAUAAUGCACGCAAAGUGUUUGAUGAAAUGUCUGAGAGAAAUGUAGUUUCUUGGACGAGUUUGAUUUGUGGGUACGCGAGGCGGGAUUUAGCUAAAGACGCUGUUGAUUUGUUUUUCCGGAUGGUUAGAGAUGAAGACGUGACUCCUAAUUCGGUCACGAUGGUGUGUGUGAUAUCGGCUUGUGCUAAGUUAGAGGAUCUUGAAACGGGUGAGAAGGUUUAUGGUUUUAUCUGUAGUUCUGGGAUUGAAGUGAAUGAUCUUAUGGUUAGUGCACUGGUUGAUAUGUACAUGAAAUGCAACGCUAUAGAUACAGCAAAACGGCUUUUUGAACAGUACGGUGCUAGUAAUUUGGAUUUGUGUAAUGCAAUGGCAUCUAAUUAUGUGCGGCAAGGAUUAACAAAGGAGGCUUUAGGUGUCUUGAAUUUGAUGAUGGAUUCUGGUAUUAGACCUGAUAGGAUUUCGAUGUUGAGUGCGAUUUCAUCUUGUUCACAGUUGAGAAACGUCUUGUGGGGAAAGAGCUGUCAUGGGUAUGUACUGAGGAAUGGGUUUGAAAGUUGGGACAACGUUUGCAAUGCGUUGAUUGAUAUGUACAUGAAAUGUCAUAGGCAAGAUACUGCGUUUAGGAUCUUUGAUCGAAUGUUGAACAAGACAGUGGUGACAUGGAACUCGAUAGUCUCUGGCUAUAUAGAGAAUGGUGAGGUGGAUGCAGCUCUGGAAACAUUUAAAACCAUGCCUGAGAAAAACAUUGUUUCUUGGAACACGAUCAUAGGCGCUCUGGUACAAGAAAGUAUGUUUGAGGAAGCGAUUGAAGUUUUCCGGUCUAUGCAAAGCCAAGAGGGUGUCAAUGCGGAUGGUGUGACAAUGAUGUGUAUUGCAUCUGCUUGUGGGCACUUGGGAGCUCUUGAUCUUGCGAAAUGGGUAUAUUACUACAUUGUGAAGAACAGAAUUCAUCUUGAUGUCAGACUUGGUACAACCUUAGUAGAUAUGUUUUCCAGGUGCGGGGAUCCUGAAAGUGCAAUGUUGGUUUUUGAUAGUUUGGCACACAGAGAUGUCUCGGCUUGGACAGCGGCUAUAGGAGCAAUGGCUAUGGCAGGAAAUGCUGAGCGAGCUAUAGGGCUUUUCAAUGAGAUGAUUGAACAAGGGUUGAAACCAGAUGGAGUUGUGUUUGUUGGAGCAUUGACAGCUUGCAGCCAUGGUAAAUUGGUCCAACAGGGUAAGGAAAUCUUCAAUUCAAUGGAGAAACUUCAUGGAGUUUCACCAGAAGAUGUGCACUAUGGAUGCAUGGUUGAUCUGCUUGGUCGAGCAGGAUUGUUAGAGGAAGCUUUGCAACUUAUAAAGGACAUGCCUAUGAAGCCAAACGAUGUGAUUUGGAAUUCUCUUUUAGCUGCUUGCCGUGUUCAGGGAAACGUCGAGAUGGCAGCUUAUGCCGCUGAGAGGAUACAAAUACUGGCUCCAGAGAGAACUGGAAGUUAUGUGCUUCUAUCAAAUGUCUAUGCAUCAGCUGGAAGAUGGAAUGAUAUGGCUAAAGUAAGGCUGAGUAUGAAGGAGAAAGGGUUACGUAAACCGCCAGGAACUAGUUUAAUACAGAUUCGAGGUAAGACCCAUGAGUUCACAUCAGGAGAUGAGUCACACCCUGAAAUGCCAAAAAUAGCAGCAAUGCUGGAGGAAAUCACCGCAAGAGCGAGUCACUUAGGCCAUGUACCUGAUCUUAGUAACGCUCUAAUGGAUGUAGAUGAGAAAGAGAAGAUCUUUAUGCUUAGUCGACAUAGCGAGAAACUUGCAAUGGCCUUUGGGCUCAUUAGCUCAGACAAAGGCACAACAAUCAGAAUAGUCAAGAACCUAAGAGUAUGCUCUGACUGUCAUUCAUUUGCCAAAUUUGCAUCCAAAGUAUACAACAGAGAAAUCAUUCUAAGAGACAAUAACCGGUUUCAUUUCAUUCAUCAAGGGAAGUGUUCUUGCGGUGACUUCUGGUGAUUACAGAAACAGAAAGUAAAAGAUGAACGAGGAAGAUUCACAUUUCAUUGUCUAAAAGUUAAAAAAGAGGAAGAUUCACAUUUCAAUGCUUGAACAAGGUUUCAAGAAAAAAAAAGUAGAUACAAAA